AACAUAGGUACAAAUGCACAAUAUGUAUUCAUGCUGAGGACAGCAGACGCACGUUAUUAUUAUAUCGCAGAUUACGGACUUGUUUCUUAUAAGUUUACAUCGCACCAAAACUCUAUAAAUUAAAAUAUGUUGUUAUUCAUUAUAUUAUGUACGUAUGCGUAUAAUUGAACAGUUUUUUUUUAGUUUCGCCCGUUAUACAGAUGAGUACGUAUUGUUUGAAUGGUCGGAUUGUUUAUGAUUAAAUUAAUCGCAGUCUAUACGACUAUAUAUAAUACAUUACUUAAUGGUGAACUGCUAUAAUUUAUUGCCAUAAUACGCUAAAGACUAACGUAUAGCAGCCAGCAGGAUUGAUCAAACUUAUAUUAUACUAUACAGUAGAAGCUAAGGGUUGAAAGAAAACAACAAAACGUUAAGUCGGUAUACUACUUAAACAAAAAGAAAACUAAUAUAAUAUACAAUAUCCUGUGAUACAUACAUAUAACGUGUCUCGUAUUUAAUGAGUGGACUGCUGUACUGUAGCAUGAGUGUAUGACAAGACGCCACACCAAGCACGAGCAGAUUUUUGACAGCGCGUUGUGCAAUUGCUUACAAUAAUUUACCAUACACAACAAAAACGGCUGAAAUGGCUAUACUACUACAACGGUUGUUAUCGAUCGUGGCAAUAGUUAUGACAAUGACAGGAUCAAACGCUGCGAAUGACUGUUGGCCCAGAAAAUUCGCUUAUGGCACAGUGUGCGUGUGUAACUCAACAUACUGCGACCAGAUACCGGAACCGGAAAUAUUAUCUGUCGGAAAGUACACGUUAUACACGUCUUCAAACACCGGAAUGCGAAUGCAUAGAAGCGACGGAUCUUUUGUGCCAUCGCUCGACUCACAAUGGUCUGGUGACGAGAUAGACGUGGAUACGACGACCACGUACCAAACCGUACACGGCUUCGGCGGUGCUUUCACAGAUUCGGUGGGCAUCAAUGUUAUGGCGUUGAGCCCGAACUCUCGACUCAAUCUCCUCAAGUCUUAUUUUUCUGAUGACGGCAUUAAGUAUAACAUUGGACGAGUGCCGAUUGGUGGUACCGAUUUCUCGACACGUAAGUAUACGUAUGCUGAUAGCAAGGGCGUCCCAGACUUGAACAAUUUCGAUCUGGCUCCCGAAGACGUUGAAUAUAAGAUACCACUGAUAAAAAUUGCAAUGGGUAUGGCAUCGGACGAAAUAAAGUUGAUCGGGUCAGCAUGGUCGGCCCCACCAUGGAUGAAAACCAACAACGACUAUUCCGGCAUAGGUUUCCUUAAACCAACAUUCAUGGAAGCGUGGGCAGAAUACCAUAUAAAAUUUUUAGACGAGUACCUCAAACAAAACUUGACUUUCUGGGCGCUGACCACAGGUAACGAACCACUCAAUGGCAUCGUGCCCGUGAACCGAUUCAAUUCUAUGGGCUGGACUCCGAUGUCUCACCGUGAAUGGAUCGGACGUCACAUGGGGCCCCGAUUAAGAAGUUCUGAACAUAACAGCACACUGUUGUUCGCUAUCGAUGACCAAAGGAUCGUAUUGCCUUGGUGGAUGAAAAUGCUUAUGAGCGAUGAACAAUGUUCAAAAUACAUUGACGGAAUAGCAGUGCACUGGUACUUAGACUUUAUUGUUCCAGUUAAAGUUUUGAAUGAAGUACACAAAAACUUUGGUGACAAAAUCAUAAUGAAUACUGAAGCGUCUCAAGGUGACAAGCCGUGGGAUUUCGUCAAAGUACAAUUGGGAAGUUGGGCCAGAGCUGAAAAUUACGCAAACAAUAUCAUUGACGAUUUAAACCAUUGGGUGCAAGGAUGGGUGGAGUGGAAUUUAGCUUUAGACAUGAAGGGAGGUCCGACCUGGGUGUCUAACUUUAUCGACUCGCCCAUUAUUGUUGAUAAGACUAAAGAUGAAUUCUACAAGCAGCCUAUGUUCUACGCGAUUGGACAUUUUUCAAAAUUUAUUUCUAGAGGUUCAAUUCGUAUAAAGUUAACACAGACAUCGGUUGUGAAGUCAGUCGGUUUUAAAAGGCCUGAUGGAGCCGUAGUUAUUGUUUUAUACAACAGGAGGAACAAACCAGUCAACAUUUCUAUUAAGGAUCCACAGAGAGGUGUUAUAGGUCUUAAUUUACAAAAACAAUCUAUAAAUACACUAAUUUUUUGGUAAUUAUUACAAUUGAUAAUAUUUCUUAUUUAUGUUAUUUAUAUCACACAUUAUCAGUUGUAAAACAUAAAAACUAUUUAUUUUUUUAACAUAUAAUGAGUUAUGACUAAAUACAAACAUAUUCAACAAUUUGUUUGGUAAUAGAAGUUUUUAAUUCGUUUAUAUUAUAAUAUGUCAAAACAGUAGCAUUGAAUAAAAUAAUGUCUGAUUCUA